AGUAUGGCUGGGGAUAUUAGCUAGCACUCGCUAACGGUAUUCUCUGCAAAAGGGAAGACGGUAACAGAAGAGAAAAAUCAACAUCUGGAUUGCUAAACGGACUUGUACACCAUUAAGUUACAACUGAUUUGAAUACAGAUUCAUUAAGACGAAACGUUAUAACCGACGUUUUAUUAUUUGUUUUUUUUUGGUUGGGUGUCUGUUGUCUCAUGAUGGAAGAUAACGGUGCACAUUUCUUCGAGGGGACCGAGAAGCUUUUGGAAGUGUGGUUUUCCCGGCAGGACGAGACCAAGGGAACCGGGGACCUGAGAACCAUCCCGAGGUUUGAAUGGGACAAACUUCUGGAGAAUGUGCACUGUUUGAUCAUAAGUGUGACAAAGACCGACAAGCAGGAAGCUUAUAUACUCAGUGAGAGUAGCAUGUUUGUCUCCAAGAGACGUUUCAUUUUGAAAACAUGCGGAACCACCCUCUUACUGCAAGCACUGGUGCCUCUGCUGGAACUCGCCAGGGAGUACUGCGGGUUUGAUGCCAUCGAGAAUUUCUUCUACUCCCGCAAGAAUUUUAUGAAACCUACCCAUCAAGAGUUCCCUCAUCGAAACUUCCAAGAGGAAGUAGACUUUCUUGGCCAGAUUUUCCCAAAUGGUGCAGCCUACUGUAUGGGACGUUUGAACUCUGACUGCUGGUAUCUGUUUACUCUGGACUUGCCAGAGUACUGGGAGAACAAGUAUGCGGAUCAGACACUGGAAGUUCUGAUGAGUGACCUUGAUCCAGCCAUUAUGGACCAGUUCUAUAUGAAAGAUGGUGUUUCUGCAAGUGAUGUCACUCGUAUGAGUGGAAUUUGUGACCUGAUACCAGGUUCUGUGAUCGACGCCACGAUGUUCAACCCAUGUGGCUACUCAAUGAACGGAAUGAAGACUGACGGGACCUACUGGACCAUCCACAUCACACCCGAGCCAGAGUUCUCCUACGUGAGCUUCGAGACCAACCUCUCCCAGACGUCGUACGAUGAGCUUGUUCGGAAGGUGGUGGAUGUGUUCAAGCCAGGGAAAUUAGUGACUACGCUGUUUGUCAACCAGAGCUCGAAAUGUCGCAGCGUCUUCUCUUCCACCCAAAAGCUGGACGGGUUCAAGCGCGUGGACCGCCAGCUGGCUCAAUUCAACGACUACAACUUUGUGUUCACAAGCUACGCCAAGAACUGCCAGAAGAGCUGAAGGUGGAGGAUGAAGAAGAAAAAGCGUAAAAAAGCCCCUCCUCCAGUAGAAAGCGUCCCGUCGUCCUCCCAUCACGGGGAGGACGGCGAGGCCAGUUUAACCUCCAGUUUGAGUUUGCGUUGUUGUAUCUUUGACUUAGACCUCUUGCAUGAAAGCUCUUUUCUCUGUUUCGAUAUGCUAGCUCACUCGUGCUAUGACCUUCCGGCGCAUGUAGAAGAAUUAAACGCGCUCCAUUCCAGGCUUCCCACCUGCAAAGGCCCCUUCCUGCAGGUCUCCCCCCUCAUCCCACACAGACAGGGCUUCCGGCCGCAUUGAGUCCACGCCCCUGGCAUGCUCAGACUUGUCCGCUUCCAUGUCAUUUACAUGUGCCACCUGUGCUUUUCAUUACCAAAUUGAGUACUUGUCUCAAUGAAUGUAAAUGUUGUUGAAAGAUUUUUUUUUUUUUUUUUUUUUUUUUUAAACAGCUAAACGUUGCGCCCCGACACGCCUCGUGCUUUACUCUUCCAGACAGACGUGUACUACAGUGAAACUCGUUUCCCCUGCGCUUUCAACAUUCGAUUCUGCUUUGCACCUGCACUCCUCGUGUUUUAAAAAGUAAAGUGAAGCUUUUAAGCGUGUAUGUACAGUGUAUAGAAUGUAUAUGAAUAAUUAACACUUAUCCAUUAGCGCGUGUAAAGGAAGCUUCUGGGUGGCCAUCACGUGGACGGGGUGAACGUGUGUGCAGGUCUUCCCUCGCCAGAAUUCUAAGUGUCCCAAACUUUCUGCUUGCCCAGCAGAGCAUUUUUCCCCUCGACAAUACGCCUCGCCUCUGUCUCUUUCCGCCCCAUACAAAAAAAAAUCUAAGCGUACAAUCGAGGCGCACCAGUCUGAGCAUGCCAGGGUCAUCCCGGAUCAUUCCACGUGCAUUUCAUUUCUGGUGCCCAGACAUUUUUUUUGCUGUGAACUGUGCUCCCUUAUUUUUCUUUGUGUGCGUACAUCAAUGGCCUUUUGUUGGUCUCUUGGCUCGGGGUGACCUAUGACGCAGUGGUGCAUGUCGCUAGUGCCGUGUUGCUAUGCUCGACCGUGUCUGUGUGCGCUCCGCCACCCCCCCCCCCCCCCCCCCCCCCCCCCAUUUUUGAAGCGCACGUGGAAGUGCUCAUUUCUGCUUCUCGUGUAUUCCCGCUGCUUAGCUUAGCUUGUGGAGUUCCAGGAAGGCCUGACCAACGGUUUUUAUCACCUGCAUGAAAAGAUCUGGCACGGAGGUUGCUUCUUUUGGAAUAGUUUCCCUCUAGUUUGUCCGUCACGGCCUUUUGGAGUGGUAUCUUCAUUUCCUAGAGGACCAACGUCUGCGCUUGUGCUUUGCAGCCUCAUACACACCUGCACUGUUAAUUGUCGCCAGUACUUGCAGUCGACCAUUUUUGGUCUUCAUUGCAUCUUUCACUACUACUAACUCCUAUUUUGUGUUUAUUUGCUUCGGACCAAUUUUUUUUUUUUUUUAUUUAUUUUGAGUUUUCAGUUUUCCACCAGCGUUUGUCACGCUUGCUUUCCAAGUAUCGAUGAGUGAUUUCCACACAACACUGAGAAUGUGUCACACACACACACUCAAAAGUGUUAAGUAUGGAAGUGUGCGAAUUGAGGCACAGCCCUAACGAGUCCACAAAUUUAAAAACACAAACGUGAGGUUGCUGUUCUAGGAUGUGUUAGCAUGGAUGGAGAAACUUUGCUGUUCUAAUUCUCUUUUGCUGUUCUUUGGAUGGUCGAGAUGUGCUAAAAUUAUAUCUGUGCUUCGAGCUUGAUGCUGAAAUAAAGAAAAAUAUUAAUCUGUGCAUUGUGGCGUGUGUCAAUGUUUGUACGCUGCUACUAGAAGGUGGGCCAAAAGUUCCCACACGUAGGAAAUUAUGCCUGAUGCAUUUCUUAGCCUUUAUCAGGCUAAAAUCCCCUGAUUGCGCCACUCUUGGUUUCUAUCUUUCGGGGCACUUGAAGGCCAUCGUGUGUCCAAUGAAGAUAAGAGACAAAUCAUCUCAAGGAAUGUAUCGCCAACGCCAUUACAGGCAUAACUUCAACUGUGAUCAUGUAAGUUCAACAGUGGAAAAUAAAGUGUUGUCCAAAAUGC